UGCAUGUUAAAGCUUUUAUCUGCAGUUACCACAGCAGCAGGACUUGCUUGUACGCAGCCAUGCAAUCCCCGGCCAGAGGGGCGGCAACGUGAUGGAGACAGCAGCACCAACAAAUAGCAAUCAAGCGCCAUCCCGCCUCGACUCCCCCCCACCAACCCUCAGAGGCGGGAACGUGCAGGGACCGCGACUUGGCCACCUCAUGCCUGCCCACGCCAUCUCGCAAGCCACUGGCUCCCUACACGCAGACCUGAUCACCUGGAGGAGCGACCAGAUCCUUGAUCAUCGCGCCACGGCUCAAGCGGCGCAUCGCGCCGCGUCAAACCAUGACAGCUCUCGUGGCGCAUCCGGCCAGCAGAAGAGCAGCGAGCCAACUCUUGUUUCUUCAGGCGCCCUUGAGCGUCGUCACCUAGUAUCAACGAUGAGCGGUAGCACCGCACAGCAGCAAGGGCAAGGGCAACAGGACAUGGCAGUAGGCGGACCAUCCCUGCUAUCUCUGCCACCAGAGCUGCUACAUCACACCUUCUCUCUGCUACUACCCGAAUCGCCUACCUCUAUCCACCCAGCUCCAGAGAUGACAGCAGUGUCUCCCGUCCGGCGAGUCCUGUCGUUCGGUGCACCAUCAGCCAACAGACCUUUCCUGGCCCUGUCACUGGUCUGCAAGUCGCUAAACGAGAUCGUCACUCCUUUCAUCUACGCAACUGCCUCGCUGGACCGCGUGCGGCAAGCUCGACUUCUUGCUCGAACCAUGCUGACCUCGCCGAGAGCUCAGGAGCUGUCAUUGCUCAUCAAGCAUCUCAACAUUCCCAGCGAUGGCAUUCUUACUGCGACUGAUAGUCUGGCAGAUCAACAAGCCUGGCCCUCCAGCCUGGACACCAUUUUCCGAUGUACGCGCGACCUGCAGAGCUUGUGGCUAGGUAUGAGGCCCACCAACAUUGCGUUUGAGCAGCUCUCAAAAUCCUCAGGUGUCGCGAUCGAGCCUAAGCGCGUGAGCCUCAACAGCUUUAGCUACCACGCCAAUGAACCGGCGACCCGUUCCCUACCAGCCUUGAGGGAAGUAACGCAUCUACAUUUGAUCAAGAUGCACUUCGACCCUGCCCUAGUCCAGCUUCCAAUCGGAAGCUCUGAAGGAGGGCCAGACGGGCACGUCCCUCGAGCGAGGGACCACACGCUUACUCUCGCUGAUAGCGCCGCCCGUUUGGCUGCGAGCUCAUCCAAGCUGGCCCAGUUGCGCCUCUCCCAGGUCCCUGCCGAUGGUCUGUGCAACUUUGCGGUCAAAUGCGCGAAUCUGUACUUGCCAGAGCAGUCGCGACGAAGAUUGCGGGUGUCCAAACGGGUCAAUGAUUUUCAGGAGAGCCUGGUGCAAUUGGCGAGGUGUAGCGCCAAGAUGCCGUCAUUUGGAAGGUUGCUAAUCGAACUUGGCGAGCUUGGAGCGCUGGACGAGCCAAUUUGGGCUCAACGAGAGAUGCGGCACAUCCAAGGUUGGGAAACAGGCUCAAGAUCUAGCAGCCCAGCGACUCGCGGGUUGACACAGCCGCACAUUGAGCAAAUGUCGGAUACCAACCCUGGCGUGCUCGCCUCUUUGGACCUACCAGCCAACAUUGCCCUCACUGAUGCCGAGGGAGCUGCUCAAGAGCAGCAACAGACGGAGGAAGAAGCAGAGCUGGAGAGAGACCGCACGGCUUACCGAGACACCUACUGGAUGGACGUGAGGGAAGGCAAGGAAGCGCUCGUCGAGCUGUUUCGACAGCAGAGAUCCAGCGUUCGGGAUGCGUCAGGUAGCGCCUUGCCAGACUUGGAGGUCAGAGUUGUUGCACCGCGUCCGGGAGGAUGGGAUCGCCACGAAGCUCGCAACGAAUUCUUGGCAUCCGCUGCAGCUUGCCAUGUUCGGACUCAUGCGCCAUCGCACCGCUCAAGCGGUUCCGAGCCGAUCGAAGCGAGCUUCGCCGCCUCAUCAAGCGCCGCAGACGACGACCAGACGUGCUUCUCGGAUCCAGACGUCUUUCGUCUCGCAGAGGUCCGCCCCUGGCUUGGCUAUGCUGCCACGACCGCUUGUCGGAGGAGCAGCAUGACUCAAUUCAGGACCCUGUCCACAUCCACCGAUAUGAGGAGGGAAGGAUCUGCUAAUUCCAACAAUCAUUAUCCCUUGGCCACUCAGAGAAGGUGGUGGACCGGGGAGUUGCCCCGCAUGAAUUCGGCCGAACCUCAAGCGCCGCCUGUGGAUGGGACACAAGUCAUUUGAAAUCAUACAUUGAGUCACCAUCUGAAGUGAAUCUCUUUUUGAUUCUGGUCGGCGGGUGCAAGGCGCGCGAGCAGCGAGUACUUUGGUGCGCGUCUCGUCGUAAAGCUUACACAACGGUGCCAAAUGGUUCGGAACCGAGGUGGGUGGCGUCGAUGGAGGAGCGCGGCAGUGAGGAGCAAAGGGAAGCAAAGAAGGAGUAGAGGACUCUGGCAUUUUACACGAGAGCGGUCAAGCGACUUCGUAGCCGCGCUCAUCGAUGAUCCUGUGAGCCCAUUUGCCAAGUCUCUUGUAGGUGCGAAUGGCCACCGGAAGACUCGUAGCCAUGGUGAAGUAGUCGUGAGGUUCGUGGGCGGCAAUAUCGUGUUCGACGUUGCGCACACCCGCGUUGCGC